AUGGCAACUCCGGCUCAUUGCUUUUAUUGCUUCGAGAGCCUGGCGGCCUCGUAUGAUGGGAAUGACCCUAUCAGCCUCACGGCCGUGGAAGAGCUCUGGGAAAGAUAUGAGCAGUUCAAGAAACUUGCCGCUUUGCAGGAGGACGACGAGUCACCUCCUUUAGGAGGAAGCGAAGCAUCCGGCCAGCAACCUGGAAACGCCAGUGGGCAGCCUGAUCCGCGCUCACAUAACAUUAAGCUCCCAAGCAUCGAUCGUCUUCAAACCCAAGCGGCAUCCGACGGCAGCGUAUCCACGACACCAUCUGCCAUGUCCAACAAGUCGUCGAGCUCUGUCUUCUCAAGCGCUACCACAUCCAGCUCAGUGUCUUCCGAAUCUGAUACGCCGGCCGGGAGACAACAUAGGCUGAGCGAGCAAAAGUACCCACUCUUUGUGACGUGGAACACGCUGUCGAAGGGUGGCCGUAAAUCCUUGCGUGGGUGUAUCGGUACAUUUGAGGCGCAGGAGCUUUCUCGCGGGCUGAAAUCCUACGCGCUCACUUCGGCAUUUGAUGACACUCGGUUCUCUCCAAUUCCAGAGUCACUUCUUCCCUCGCUAUCGUGCUCCUUGACACUCCUAGGGACAUUCGAGCCAUGCACCAACGCUCUGGAUUGGACACUCGGCAUCCAUGGUAUACGGAUAUCGUUCAUCCAUCGCGGCAGACGCUACGGCGCAACCUACCUCCCCGAUGUACCGGUGGAGCAGGGCUGGACCAAGGAAGAAACCGUCAAAAGUCUAAUGCAUAAAGCCGGUUGGGACGGGCCGUCCGAGAGCAACACGAGGAGAUUCCUGCGUGGCAACAACAGUGGCGAGCACACCAACUCCACGAAGCCAUGGGACCAAGUCUCGGAUUUCCGAACAGUCAAAUACCAAGGGCUCAAGUCCUCUGCAAGCUACGCCGAAUGGCAGGAAUGGCGCGACUGGGUCCUAUCCUUAGAUGACGGUAGUGAGCAGUUGUUAGAUCCAGCAGAUUGA